AUGGUGCGCCCUCCGCCACCCCCUCCCUCCUCCCUUCCCUGCCCUUUCCCCUCACUCGUCACUACCGCUAAUUGCGCUGCCUCUCUGUUCAUCCCCCCUUUUUCUCGCUAUUCCCCGCCUGUUAGUGCUCCGUUCUCUCAUGACGUUCCGCUAUCUUUUUUUCCCACCUCUCCUGUCAGUGACACCACUCGUUCCACGCGCCUCACGCCCUCCCACCCACCAUCUGCAUGCUUGCAAAGCCACCUCCCUCUGAUUCACGCAUCCACACCUUCCCCUUACGGCACCUACCUCCCCUCGCCACGCACGUCGAACAAUGAGCACACAGUGUGUGUGAUAGCGGAGAUGUUUCUGGAUGGCGAUGUGCUCUUCGACCUCUCCUCGCUGCUCGCCUAUGUGCACGGCUCCUACGACCCCCUCCCCCUCAUCGAUAGGAUCCCGUGCCCAUCAGUGCGGGCGCUGGUGGCGCACAUGGUGCAGAGGGACCCCUCACAGCGCCUGCCCGCAGCGGCGUACCUGACGGCGUUCAGCGACCCCCAGGGCGCCGCGCUCUUCCCCCAGCCCGCCUUCGACGCGCUGCACGACCAGCUCUUCUGCCUCCUGCCCUCCAUGGACGCUGAUGGCCGGAUCGCCCUCACCCGCCAGCUCUACCCGCGCCUCUCUCGCAUCAUCGCCUCCACGCUGCACGGGGGUGGAGAGGGGGGUGCGGACGGGGAGGGAGAAGAUGAGGGGGCGGGGGAGAAGGGUAGUGCUGGGGAGGCGGAGAGGGGGGAGAGUGGAAUGUGGGGAAGCGGGAGUGGGGAGCAGGGAGGCGAGCAGGAGGUCGCAGCGCAAAGGGGCAUGGAGGGGAGUGGUGAAACGAUGGGGGAUGAGGAGGGUGGUCGUUGUGAGCAGGUGACAAGCAGUGCGAGGGCGAAUGAUCACGGGAGCCUGCAGGACAGCGGCAGCACUGGGUGUGAUGGUAGCGCAGGUGACAGCACAGGUGCGGACGGCAUGGGUACAGGCGACAGCAUGGCAGGUGUUGAGGGAGCGGGGAGAGCUGAGGAAGCUGAGAGAACGGAGAGUGCUACAAAACCAGGGAGAGGCAGCACAGGGGCACGCGGCAGUGCGAGUGAGAGCAUGGGGGGCGGGGUGGGCAACAGCGGCAGCGCCAUGGUGCUGCUGGUGGGGCUGCUCACUGCCUGCCUGCGCAACGCUCGCCUGCCACACUCACGCCGCCACUGCCUGCUGCUGCUGCACGCCGCAGCGCACCACUGCUCGCACGCUGUCUGCCUGCAGGCCGUCGCCCCCUUCCUGGUGGCCGUGCUGGCCCCGGACGGCCUCACCGCCACGCCGCUGCACGCCCUCGACACGCUGCUGCCCGGCGGGGCUGCCAGCCCCCCUCUGGUGCGGUGCACGGCGCUCACGGUGCUGACGCGGCUGCUGGCGCGCGUGCGGGGCUUCCCGUCCACGGACGCGCGCUUCUUCCCCGAGUACCUCUUCCCCUCGCUCUCGCUGCUCCCCCGCUCGCCCCACGACAGCGUGCGCGCCACGCUCGCCCUCUGCCUGCCCUCCCUCGCUGCCUCCGCACUGCGCUUCCUGCUGCUCGCCGCCGGGAGCACCCGUGCGACCGGGGGAAGCGAGGGGGAGGGCGGGCAAGGGGCGAGUGAGGGAGAGAGGAGAAGCAGCAGUGCAGCGUGGGAGGAGUGGGGUGGUGGGGAGACUGACGGGGACAACGAUGACAGCAGCAGCGGCGUACCGGGCUUGGCCCUGGCAACCUCCAGCCUGCCCCCAUCCCAGCGGGCCAGCAGCGGCGCCACGCUGACGGCGCUCAAGGCACUGGCAGCGGCAGCGGAGGGGCUGGGAGAGCAGCAUGCAGGCGAGCUAGCGGAGGUGAGGGAGGCAAUGCGCGUGGCGGUGGAGGAGCUGUCCACGCUGCCCCGCAGCACACCGCCCAUCCGCCUCUCCCUGCUGCACCACGCGCCCGCCCUCGCUGUCUUCCUCGGCCCCUCCCUUGCCACCACCGCCCUGCUCCCCCUCCUCAUCACCUUCCUCAACGACCCCUCGCCCCGCGUGCGCUCUGCCUUCUUCCACACGCUGCCCGCCCUCUGCCCCCAUGUAGCCCCCUCCGCACUGCCAGCCUUCCUCCUGCCGUGCCUCGAGCAAGCCUUGGGGGACACCUCCCACCCGUCCGUGCCUGCCGCUGCUGCGGCGUGUCUGGCCCAGCUCGCACGUUCACAGCGCCUGCAGCAGCGGCGGUGGCUGCUGUCGGCAGCGCGGCAUGCAGCGCCGCUGCUCAGGCACCCCGAGGGGGACGUGAGGGGCUCUGCUGUGGCGUUUGCAGCGGCUGCUGCGGGUCAGCUGUCGGCUGUUGACGCCCACGCAUUGCUGCUGCCGCUGCUCUCCCCCUCCCUGCGCUAUCGCCCUGCACUACUCACCUCCCCCGCCUCCCUUGCUGCUGCGCUCAAGGCGCCCCUGUCAGCCCACCCUGCUGUCCCGCCCCAGCCACCCGUCCCAGCCCAAGCAGGUGUGGUUGCCCAGCAGAUGAAUGCAGGGCAAGCAGCGCCUGGCUUCCGCGUGCCACAUGCACUCCCACCUGCUGCUGGCCGUGCUGCUGCAGGUGCGGGUGUGGGUGUGGGCGAGCAUGGCAGCAAGGGAGGAGUUGGUGCAAAUGGCGGCGAGGAAGAGCAAGGUGCAGACAUGGGAGCAGUGGGCGUGGGGGGAGGAGGCGCAGCAGACAUGCAAGUGAAACAGUCGGUGGGUCAGGAGGAGGGGAGGGAUGUGGCGAUGGGGGCGAGUGGGCGAGCAGCAGCAGUGCAGCACAUGGCCUUGUCGACACUCGCACACUCCCUCUCCAUGCAAUAUGCUCUGCCCCCCGCACAGGGCGCAGCAGCAGCAGCAGCGCCAUACCCCGCCAUGGGUGCCGCGCUGGCCAGCAUGCGCACAGACUCGGGGCAGCCCUGGCCGCCCCUCCCCUCCACUGCUCCAUGGCCCGCCACCACUCAAUGGCCGUCUUCCACCGCUCACUGGCCCUCCACACCCCUCCACACUCCCUCGCAUGCCUCUGCAUCCCACUCUCUCCUCGUCCCCCCCCUCCCCCCUCUCCACCCCUCCAUCUCCCCCUUCCGCCCUGUUCGAUUCCCAUCCCCUCGCCCCACGUCCUCCCCGCUCUCGCUCUCCUUGUCCUUCCACCGCCCCCCUCCUCCCCUCACCACCCACCCGCCCUCUUCUCUCACCUACUCCACCACUCACCAACCCCUUUCCACACACUCUCUCGCUCCCAUACACCUGCCCGUUGCUCCCUCUCUCCCGUCUCUCCCCUCUCCCUCGUCGCACCCCUCGCCCCACUCCCCAUCAGCCUCCUUCUCUCUCGCGCCUGCCAGCCCACACGCACAGCCCCACCCAGCCUUGGACCUGCCACCCCUCGCUGUGCCUCUCUACUCCCUGGCCCACCCCGCCCCCGCCCUGCCUGCCUCCGCCUCCACCUCUGCUCUCCCCUCCACCACCCUCUCGCCCCCGUCGCUGCCUCGCCCCCCUUCAGUCCUCUCACCCUCCGCCUCACCCACUGCCCCUCUUGCUGCUGUUGCUCCUCUUGCGGCUGCUGCCAGUGCUGCAGCAGCUGCAGCCUGUGUGGGUGGUGCACAGGGUGCCACGCUAGAUGCUCUGCCACCCACACCACCACCUGCUGCUGCUGCUGCUGCUGCUGCUGCUGCUGCUGCUGCUGCUCACACUCCUCCCUCUGCGUCUGCUGUGGCGUCUCUGCCUGCCCACCGUGCCACAGCCAGUCAUCCCACUGCUCACGCUGAACCUCCCACCAGUGCGGACGACGGUGCAGCCAUGGCUCUGCCCCCCGCCUCGCCCUCACCGCUCUCCACCACAGCAGCAGCAUGGCGGCCGCGGGGAGUGCUGGUGGCGCAGCUGCACGAGCACCGUGCUGCCGUGCCGGCGCUGGCAGUGGCGGCCAACAGCCAGUGGUUCGCGACGGCCUCACAUGACGGCACCGUCAAGGUGUGGGACGCCACUCGCCUCGACCGCGGCACUGCCUUCCGCUCCAAACUCACCUAUGCGCUGGGGGCCGGGGGGACGGCAGGGGCAGGCGGGGUGGGGGGUGGGGCAGGGCGGGCGACAGCAGUGGCGGUGAUGGGGGACAGUGCGACGGCGGCAGUGGGGUAUGCAAGUGGGGAGGUGCAUGUGGUGCAUGUGGACUAUGCGCCGCGCUUCCUCUCCUCGCCUGACUCCUACCGCUGCAUCACCCGCAUGCCCUCCCUCGAGCCCUCCUCCCCCUCCUCCCCUGCCUACCACGGCCCAGGCGGCUCAAGAGGGCCAAUCCUCUCCGUGCACUCGGGCGCCGGUCCACGUGCUGCCGGACCCGCAGCACGGCCUCUGGCUGCUGGCGGCCUCAUCGUGCUCCGCGCUCUGCCUGUGGGACCUGCGCUUCCUGCUGCCCCUCUCCUCCUGGCGCCUCCCCUGCGCCCCCUCCGCGCCCCACCCGCCCCCCAUCACUGCACUGGCGCCCAUGCUGCCCGCGCCCUUCCACACCCCAGGGGACGUCAUGGGGGGCGCGGCAGCAGGGGGGCCUGA